ACAAACACAACCAUAUAUAUUUCUCUAUAAGAUAGAUUAGAUUGAUAAUUUAAUAUAAUAUAUAUUAGUUAUCACUUAAAGGUUAACACCAUCAUCAUCAUCAUUAUCACAAUGGGAAGAACACCUCAAAGUGACAAAAAUGGUGGUUUAAGAAAAGGUCCAUGGACUGCCGAUGAAGAUCAAAAGCUCAUUGACUAUAUUAACAAGAAUGGUUAUGGACAUUGGAGAACUCUUCCAAAGAAUGCGGGUCUUCAAAGAUGUGGAAAGAGUUGUAGGUUAAGAUGGACAAAUUAUCUUAGACCCGAUAUCAAAAGAGGCAAGUUUUCUUUUGAUGAGGAGGAAACCAUCAUUCAACUUCAUAGUGUCUUGGGCAACAAAUGGUCAACAAUUGCAUCUCGUUUGCCUGGAAGAACAGAUAACGAGAUAAAAAACUAUUGGAACACCAACAUUAGGAAAAGACUCAUUCGAAUGGGAAUUGAUCCAGUCACUCAUAAACCUCGGCUUGAUCUUUCAUCCAUUUUGAGCUUGUCAGGGAUCCAACCCAUGGUCGACCUUGACAUGUUGAGGUUAGCCGCAUUGUUCCUUGCGUCGCAAGGCAAUCAAAACCUUCAAUUUAGUUAUCCAAGUACCCAACAAAACCAUCUUGAAAAUAACCUACAAGUUCAAGACAACAAUAAUCAUGUUCAAGACCAAACCAUAAUUCAAGAAAUCCCAAAGUGUUCUACAUUGAGUACUCUUUCAUGUGGUGUUCCAUUUUAUAGUGAAACGUCCAAGCUCAUGGAACCCAAUGUAGACCAGUCAAUUGAUUCUUUAGCUUGUAUUGAUCUUGAAAACUAUAACAAAGCCGGUCUCAUGUCAAGUUUCUUGCAUUCGUCAACAUGUACACCUUCUUCAUCUAGCAGAAAUCCCAUCGAUUCCAUUUCAAAUUCAGCCUACAUGAAUGAAAGCAUUAUAGAAGAAGAUAGAGAAGUAAGCUACUGUAGCAACAUUUUCAAGUAUGAACUCCAAGAAGCAUUGGAUGCUAAUGUUUUAAUGUAAUAUUUAUUAUUAAUAUUAGUUUAUGAUGGAACUGUU